AUGCUGAACAGUGGCAGAAGUUAUGAACAAGCAUACAUCAAAAAUGAUGUUGCAGCAGCUGCCAAGAGAAGAGAGCUAAAUGAUAGGAUGAUGCUUGCAGAAAGAUGGUUUUUGGAUUCAGAAGGGAUAAAAGGGAAAGAAUGGUUCAAGCAUCUUGUGUAUGGACCUGCAGCUGAACCAGAGAGCAAGCUAGGUUUCUUCCCGGGGAUAACAGAUGCUGUUGCAACACACUCAUCAGAGGGAACGAUCCAGCAUGAGAUAUGGAGAGUUGCGAGAGCGAUUCAGAGAACAAGCAAAGCUCCUUUGGGCUCAAAUGAGAAAACAAAAAUAGUGAACACUUGUCGUUUAAUAACAAGACUGAAGAACCAGUCAGAUAUGAAGGUAGAGAAUCAAGCAGAUAUGGCAUCAAGUGAGAUUGGUUCACAUUAA